UCAAAACUAUAAAAUGGAGGUUUGUUUGAUGUAAUUAUUAAUGUUUUGCUUAUGAACGAAAACAAAAUGUGUGUAUAAUAUUUUCUAUACUAUAUUUCAAUCAAUCAAUAUGGCUUCUUUAAUUAAUAAAAUAGAAAUGUUAAUUAAAAGGGAAAAGACGACACCAGAACGAAAGAAAGAUGACACCACCAAGUCCUCGAGUGAGAUACUUUCCGAACUUUUUAGUGCCUUUAAUGCCGACCCACCGAAAAUUGACGAAACUUCUCAUAAAAAGUCUAAAAAAAGUAAAAAGAAACAUAAAAAAGAUAAAAAGAAACGUAGUCGUAGUGUAAGCUCUGGAAGUGACUCCGACAAAAGCGAAUAUUCUCAUAAAAGAAAGAAGAGAAAAAAAGCUAAAUCAAAAAAACGAAAAGAAAUACGAUCUCCUUCAAUCGGCCGUUCUGGAACACCCGAAAUAAAACCUAAAACAGAAUCACUUAAAACAAAAAUAAAAAAAGAAUCUAUCCAAUUCAAACCUGAAACUAAAAUCAAAAAAGAAACCAAAAUUGAUAGAGUGCUUGAAAAUAAGGUAUCUAUUAAGACCGUAGAUUCGAACAAUAAGAAUUCCUCUUUGAAUAUAGAUGCAAGUAUGAUACCAAUGCCUGAAUCUCCAAAGGUAAUAAAACUUGAAUCCAAUGAUCUUCGAUUACAGCUAGAUAAAAAGGUAGAUUCCACUACAGAAAGCGAUAAGGCAAAAGGAAAGAUUCAAAUAAAAAAUUUAAAAUUUAGUGCAGUGUUUGAAGAAACAGUUAAAAAAGCCGAAGAAGAAGCAAGAAAGAAAGCUGAAAAGGUUGAAGAGGGUGAAUAUACUGAUUCAUCAAGUAGCUUAGAAAAAGACGAGGAGCCUAAUUCACAAUUCCCCAAGUCUUCAGAUCCUGGUGGUAUCUUAAAACAGCAGGCUGCUGAGGAAGUCAAAGUUCCUGAUAAAUUGAGCAAUGAAGAUAAGUCUUCCACAAAACAAAAGCAACCAGAAAGUACAAACAAGCCUUCAAAAAAAGAAAGGAGUAGAUCCAGAAAGAGAUCCACAAGCAAGUCAAGGCGAUCAAGAUCUCACUCUACAUCACGGCGGAGACGCCAUAGAUCAAGGUCAAAGUCCAGGCGCAGAAGUCGCUCCAGGCAUAGAUCUAGAUCUAAACGAAGAUCUAAGUCUAGAUCACGUCGCAGGUCUUCCUCAAAAUCGCGACAUCGGUCGUCCUCGAAAGCACGACAUAGAUCCUCCUCGAAAGCACGACAUAGAUCCUCCUCGAAAGCACGACAUAGAUCCUCCUCGAAAGCACGACAUAGAUCCUCCUCGAAAGCACGACAUAGAUCCUCAUCAAAAUCAAAACAUAGAUCUCGACAUUAUUCACCCAGGCAUAGGAGUCGGAGAUCAAGAUCACCAACAGGUGUAAAAUUAGCUGAUAGUGAAAAGAAACGUCUUCUUGAAGUAGCAAGGCGAAAUGCAAUUAACAUGCUUAAAAAUGGAGCUGUACCAGCUGGAGCAGCUGUAUUACCUCCACACACGAGAAAUCAAGUCAUGGCUGCCAUACAAUCUGGAGGCAAAUCUGUGGAUGAACUGACAGACUUCUGCAAACAUCUAUCAAAAAAGGAAGCACUGGGUGAACUAUCAUCCGUCUCCUCUAAUGAUGACAACAUGAGUGAGAAUGAAGAUACUAUAGCAUUUCACCAUCCCUUCUUAGUUAAAGAAAAGGCCCCCAUUGUUAUGAAUAUAAGAGGUGGGGCCCCACUGCCAGCAAAGUCCUCUGUAGUGCCAAUAGCCAAUAAAGAGGAACUUCGACUACAGUUUCCCGUCUCUUCUGGUACACAGCACAGAGAAAAAGCAUCAGAAUGGGUUCCUGUUUCACCUAAAAGAGAUAUGCAAGUCGCAAAACUGAAUUCCAAAUCUCCAACAAGAUCCACUACGCCUCCAGAGACAUUGAGUAUAUGUUCUGCCCCAUUGGCGCUUCCUGCGCCGUCGUCAACAACACCUUCAUACUUGAAGAGUUUUACAACUGGAAGUCAGUUAUCAUCUGUUCCUGCUUUACCUGCUCCCGGUCCGCAGGCAUAUCCCCCUGGAGUUGAUUCUCCAAUGAUUGACGUGGAGUCGAUCGUUUCACAGAAGUUACUAAUGAUUCGUAAAGAACAAGAACAAAAUGAAUUAGAUAGUACACAAGGCGACAUGUCGAUCCCGCAGUUCGGCUGGACGAAGGAGAGCCGGCCGGGCCAGUUCACGGGCUCCACGGGCGCGCACAUCCUCACGCCGCGCGAGCUCGCCAGCGGCACGCAGGCCUGGGCCAAGAAGCUCGGAUCGCCGUUCGGGAUACGGGUUAUCUACUCAAUGGUCCGGCGGCCUCAGUCAGAAAUUAUAAUACUAUGUAUUAUUCUUUCUGACUUUAUUAAUAUUUUGUGAUGGUCAUGACAACAUUGCUUUUAACAUUAGGUUUUUUUUAUAUGUUAAUAGAAUUUCCCGCCCACUUCGCUAGCUCUAUUAAACAUUUUUUAAUGCGUCCAAUUUCUAGAGCUCGCUGUAACACGUCACGUUUUCAUAAUAUGUACAGUGUUAGCAGUAAUACGUAGUGUAUUACUGUGCUUUACUUGAUUAAAUUUUAUCGACGAAUUUCACUCUGGCGAAGCAAAGCCAUAAUUUUUUCAGCAUACACACACGUUACGAGAAUUUCCUUUUCUAAAUUAUUAUGAAUACUACUUGUAUUAUAAUAAUUAUUUCAACAAAUUUUUAAAUAAAUAUAUAUAUAUAUAUAGGUUAUAUAAAAUAUUUUUUGCACAUUUCAAAAUUUCAAAUGUGUACAAAUAAAAUAUUCAUUACUUCAUUAAAAAAACUUUAAAUAGUGAGUGACUUGCAGCUAAUGUUGUUGUAACCAUCUAGUAAAAACCCCGAUUUACUCACGUCACGUGUAAAGAGAGAACUUUUGUAGUUCGCUCAUUACACUAUAAGUUACUGUAAUAGCACAAGAUGGUAAUUUUCAUGCCAUAGAUUAUGGCAUGUCAUUUAUCAUUGCCAUUAUUGCAUACAGAUAUUCAGUUUUCCCCUUAUAUGACUGGCUAAUAAAAAACAGUAUAGAAAUACAUUAACUCAAGAGUAGAGUUAUUAUAAAAAAAGUUAACACGAUUUCAUUAUUUAAAAUUUUUAAUAAAAAUAUUUGAUACCAAUUUCCCACAUUCCCGCGAGAGGCGAGACGAGUCACGAGCACACACGUCGGUUAAAUAGACGUCCGUCAUUCGCUUCGUGUUUCGCCUCGCUUGUUGUGCAAAAUGUGUUUAUUAAAAUUAAUUUUCUUUUAUGGAUCCAUUUCGCAGUGAUUGCCCAACUUGCCAACUAGCCCAAGCACUGUUUAACUUAGUCAGUCCAUGUACAUUAAUCAUUCUAGUCUAGUGAUUUAUUGGAUAAAAUAAAACGGGCUUCAAGAAAAACUAGACCUAAAUGGGGAAAUCGUGAAUAUUUGUUGCAGCUUUUAAAAGAUAAGGAGACGCGAGCACUUCGAUAGACGCACCGCCGUCGACCAUAGGUGCAAAUAAUGUACCCGCUGCAAAGGUAAGGAACACAAAAGGGAAGAAAAUCGUACAAGAGAAGAUAUACAUAAAAAAUAUGUCAUUGAAAAGUGAAAUACUUGUGUUGUGUUUUAUGGUAGGAAUAAACUUAAAUGUCUUACAAUUCGAGGGAAUUUAUAGGUACAACUAAUAAAUACACAAAAUCAAAACAGUUUAUUUUUGUGUAAAGAAUUUAGUUUGUAAUUAUUAUUGAAUUGAGUAUUUGA